UCAGCCUAAUCACGUUUUUGAGAGGAUUUUCAGCCUCUUCAAUCAGGAAAUGAUUAAAGUGACAAAAAACACUCAAAUCACAUUUGACCUUUGGAGCUGAAGCGUGGAACACACUCAGAGCUGAUCAGCAAGAGGAAAUAUAAGCAGCCUGACAGUUUUCAAGGAAUUCAAGAUUCACUGACUUGUAACUUCUGAUCAGGCUCUUGGAUUGAAGUAACAUGAGUGAGAGAUCACACUGUUGUUGAGACAAGGAAAACAUAAAAAAAAAUGUUUUUCCCCUUCUCCUGGAUCCUGGGAGGUUCUGAGUGGAUUUCUUUUUAUUCAAACCCAACAGACUUUGUUUGUAGUUUGUUUCAAGGUGAGUUGAUGUUAUGUAUGUACAUUUUUAAUAAAAUACAAAAAUACUUAGUGUGUAAAGUAGUUUAUUUAACUUAACAUUCUUGUUUUUUGGUUUUGGUGUUGUUUAUGUUUUAAAGGUUUGGUGGGAGCCUGUGGAAUAUCAGUGCUGUGCAACUUGAUGAGAGUUUACUACUUCAUUCAAACACACAGUGACUCCGAUACUGAGGGCAAACCGAGGUCAUCCUCACCUGGCAAUCCUCUGCGAGGCAGCUGGGGAACGGCUCUCCAGUUCUGGUCCGUGGUGACCCUCCUGUCUCUGGUGGGCUCGAGAGUUUCCUCUCUGAUAGUGCUGGAGUUUUCUCUCAGAGCUGUUUCUGCCUGGGCUUCAGCAGGACUGGAUGCUAAUGGAAGAGACCUGGACCUGCUCUUUGUCCAGUGCCAGUUCUCCCUGGGUUGUGGCCUCACCUGUACUCUGGUCUUCCUCCAUCAGGGGGCUCCACACAGCUUCCUCAGCUUGUUGCUGGCAGCUGCGCUCAGCUGGGCACUGGCAAGCGUCAGCCACAGUCUGUGGAGCCAUGUGGCCAGACUUUACCCGCUACAUAGCACAGAUCGUUACUGUGGGAAAUGCAUCACCCUGCUGACCUCUGGACACACCAUACUGGCUUCACUGCAAAGAGCGACUGUCUUGGUCUUUGCUCUAGCAACUGUGGCUUCCACUGCUACCGUUUAUGACCACUUCCUGUCCCAGAAAGAUGCUCUAAAGUUUUGGACUCCACUGACACUCUGCUACGCUAUGCUGGUGGUCUAUAUUCAAGGUGAUUAUUAG